GGCAGCAGAGUGGAUGAAAAGAGCAGUCGGUCCAUUAGAGACUUUGCCACUAAGGCGUCAUGUCACUAUGGCAGGUCUUCCUCACACUGUCUGCCAGGCUAUAAUUUCACACGGGGAGGCCUGGAUUAGAGUCAGGUUUUUGCAGGUCCCUCUGGCUCACAGUCUUGAAGACUGUUUCCAAGUCUGGGUUUUCUUAGCAGUGUGAGGCCUCGUUUAAAGCCUCCUUGGACCUCAUGAUUUACAGCUUCUAGUAAACUGGAGCUCCAUACAUAGAGGCUUAACUUGCUUGGAAUCUGAUGCUGAGGGUUAGUUUAGAAUGUUCUUAUUUUAGUGCUAUUUACAUGAGCUGUAGUCUGUCACCCGCUAGAACAGUGCUAACGUGUGAAUGUGUUAGUUCAGAAAUGUGAUCUUGUAUGCAAAUCAUUAGCUAGCCAUAGCAUUAUGCAUCAUUUAGGUAUUAUAUUCAUUUGUUUAACUUUUUUUACAUUGUAAAAAUUUUCUUCUGCAGUUCACAGCAUUAACAAAUGGAUGCGGUUUUUCACCCUUAAAACGUUGAGUAUAAGCUAUAGAGAGCUGCAAUAACCAAGAUAACUGAGAAUGCCAGCUGUUAAAUUCUACUGUAACUUAAUGAGUAAUUCAUUUAAAAGUUAAUUAGAAACCACUUUAUUUUAACAGGAAAUGUGGAAAUUGAGACUCUUGGAUGUGAUGAGACCCAGACAAUUUAGUUUAACCCUUUGGUUUCCAUUUCAUUGUUCCAACUCUGUAUUACAAGUAAAUUCUGAACUUAGAUCCUAAGUAACAAAACCAUGUAUGUUAGCUCAUGCAGGCAUGUCUGUGUCCAGAGCUCACCCUAGUCAUUGUCUUAGUUUCCGUUUCCUUCUUUAUUGGCUAGUUUUGCCAUUGUUUGGGCUUGGUGGUUUAAUGUUAUAAACACAGCCUGUGUUGCCUAAGCGUAGCAGCACAUGGCAGAAAAUCCAAGCACCCAGGAGGCUGAGACAGAAUGAGUGGACCUUUGAGGCCCACCUGAGUUACAUUGUGAGACCCUGUCUCAAAAACAAACAAAAAAAUGGCAUAUAUUAACUGCUAUAUUUUAAGGACCCUUGUGACCAUUUAGUUGUGAUGGAAGGUAAGGUAAAAAAAACAACUUGAUAAUGUAGAUAUAUAUUAUAUAAUCUUAAAACAUUUAAGAUGAUUCUCAGUUGCUUUAAAGUUAUAGAAUCAGUUUUAUCCACUGUACUUAUAUUAAAAACUUACACCUUUAAUAGCAAGCUUUGAUUUUAAAUUGAUUAAAUUACUUAAUUAUCAUUUAUGGAAAUAAUGGGCAAUUAAAGUUGGGUUUUUUAAAUAGCUUUUUUUUCUAAAUUAUGCUUUAAUUGGUCCUGAACAUUUUGUUGCAAAGAUUUUAAUUUUAAUGGUUAGCUUAAUCCUUUGAGCCAGUAAAUAUCUGUCAGUAUGUCCUUUUUUUUCUUUCUUUCUUUUAAGUAGGUAUCUUAAAAUAUGAGUAUCUUUUAUUUACAAUUCUGUCCUUGGUUACAGGACCCUCAAGUGUCUCUUUUCUACCAGGUGUGGCUGAGCAUGGCCUCGAGUGUCAGUCUGUCCCCCAUCUCAGUACAGGAGCCACCCCCUCGAGACCCUGCAGUAUGGUGACUGCCCUGGACUGAGCUUUCACAUUUUUUUGGAAGGAACAUUUAGCUUGAACUAUCUAGGCAAAAGCAAUUCUUAAAAUCAGAAGUCUUUGGCUUAGAGUUAGAAUAAAGUAGAAUAAAUUUAUUGCUAUUAUGUGUGUGGUUAUUCAGUUUAUUAUCUAAUGAAAAUGUCGGUUUUGCUAGUAAGCUAAAUUGAAAACUGCUUCUUGGUGUCUAUUCUGCACACUUUUAUAAUGUAUCUGUUUAGUCUGUCUAUAUAAGCAGUUUGAGUCCCCCAAAUAGCAGCGCCUAGAUCUGUGUUCCCUUACAAUGCUGCUUUACAUGGCCACAUAAUAGUCCCAGCACAGAAUAGGUCUUUUUUUCCCCCUAAGACCAAAGGUUUAGCAUUAGUUUCCUUAUUUAAAAUUACUUAAUAUAUUUUCCAUUUCAGAAUGGGUCAGAUUGUUAAUUUAUUUUAUAAUCUAUAAUAUUUAAGAGAUUAAAAACUUUCCUUUUCCUGUGAAUAGGUUAAAAGCUGCCUCAUACUGCUAUUUUUAAAUUAAUGGUUUUGCUCUUAAUUCCUACUCUGCUUUUUAUAUAUCUGCUACAUUGCAGUGGCCAAAGACUAAAGUUGUGCUUUUCUGAUCAUCAGGUAGAUAGAUGGUGAGGGUAACUGUCUGUGGUAGUGGUUUGUUGUGGCUGACUUGUUAAUAUAGGUUGCAGCUGUAAGAUAACCCUUUUCAGCAGCUGUGCAUCGUAUUAAAUUUUCUAGCACCACACGUGAGUAUGCUGAUGGACUUUUGUUUUCUUCUCUUAAUUUAAAUCUUGAGUUUUGGUGCCAAGUUAUCUUUUCCACAUAAGCUUCUGCUGCUGGCUUAUGUGGCAGUCAUCAGUAAUUGCCGUUGUUCACCCCUAAAAGUCCAAAUACAGAGACUCAGAUUCCAGUUCUGUGAGCACACUAAAUGCUUGUGUACCUUAAAGGACCUCGAGCUGUAUCUAAGCAUGUUGAACUCUGUUGAAUUUCUGAAUCAGUCUCACAUGAUGUGGAAGGCAGGGAUGAUACCAGUCUGCCCCUCUAUAGAAUAUGGCUUCAGUAGAAAGUUGUAUAUUUUAUGUCAACCAGAUCUAGUGCGGUACCUUAGAAAUAAUUACCGUGUUAGCCCAAGAGCAGCCUUACUGUCCGGGAGACGGCUGAAGAAGCAGCAUUGGACUAAGAUAGGCCGGCUCCUUCACCUUGUGUAGAGAUGGGCUCAGUUGUCUCUGACAGCAGCAGUCCAAAGUGACAGUAGGCCAGCCACAGUUGCAGGCUUUGUGGAUCUGCUAGACUUUUGUAGUCUCUGAAGCAGGUGUAUGGACUUCAGCUGGACCCUGCCUAGAUAGAGACAGGAUCAUCACCAGGACAAACAUCACAAACGUAUGUAGAGUAGUAUAUCAGUUCUCUUGUAACGUUUUUAUGGGCAAAAUGUAAGCAUACUGUCUUAGCCAUUUACUUCUGAAGUUGAUGGUUAAUUCAUCUCAACAUAUUUGUCCUUCAGAGCAUCAGUCCUGCUAGAUGUCUCAGACUCACCGUGACUGAAGAGUUCUUCCAUCCUCGUAUGCUUGCCUCUUUUUUCAUUGUCCCUACUGCAGGAUGGAGGUGGCUGUGCAGGUCUGCCCACAGGCAGGUGCAGUCAGUAUAUGACAAGGCUCCAGAGCUGAAAGACUUACUUAGAAUUAUUAGUAACUUAAAUGACAUAGAUUUCACUGUUUCUUUAACUGUUACUUUUAUAUUAAAUGGUGUUUUAAAAACAAACCAACAGUUUAAAAUAUCAAUUAUUCCUCUCUGCUACGUCAUGGUGGAACAUGCUAGGUGUUUUAACGUAUGCAAACAGUAAUUGUGGUUCACUUGCAGUGCUAAUCAUCCUCAGUAAUGUUGAACUUGAAAUGAAAACUUGGCACCAAACUUAUUCAGGUAGAAACUUUAAAGAAAAUAGUUUCUUCCUAUUGUUAACUGAAGAGUGCAUUUAUGAAAGUCUUCAUGAUUGAUUAUGUGUUUGGAUACCAAAGGGUUAAAAAUACACCUGUAUUUCUUUUACUGCAAUAACAUGUUUGCUAAUGUUUUGUCUGUAUGAAUAGACAUUUAGUAAAUGUUUUUAUUUUUUUAUCUUUUUUUAAUGAUUGCAUUUAUUUGCUUAUUUCCAUCUAGGAAUAGUUACUAAUGUAUUUGCGAUACAGCAUACCAAAUUUUAAAGUAACCAGAAUCGUGAGUUGAUGGUUUUUAGUCCAUACUGUUAAACAUUUGUUGAAAUAUUGACAUAAAUUGGCUUCACACUGAAGUUCCUAGAGGUAACUCUUUAAAGACAGCGCUAAAGCAGUGAAAGCGGUCACGCCCCUGUGGCUUAGCCCUGUGACUGCCCUGCACCUCAUGUGUGUAUGUAUUUUUAAUCCAGUGUUGCCUGCAAAUGUGAUCCCUUAUGAUUGACGUUUCCUGUGUAUGAACCAUGCCCGUUUUAAGUCACGCAGAAGAUUCUGAAUCUGUAAAAACUACACAUGUCAAUGUUUUACAGCUACAUAAUUCGAAUUGACUUGGUUUUUUCAAGUAAUCCUAGAAAGGGGGAGCAUUCACAUAGAAACUGCUGAAACUGCCACAGGUGCUUCUCCGAAACCUUACGGUUGUGGCAUUGAAUGUUCAGUAUGGCUUCCCUUCUGCACACAAGCAUACUGUUGAGCCUGAGAAAUGCCAGUGGCCUGACGGCAGCAGACAUUGCACAAACCCAGGGUUUCCAAGAGUGCACCCAGUUUCUCUUGAGCCUCCACAACCAUCAGAUGAGCCGUUUCUGUCAUAAUGGCACCUUGAAUGGAGGUCACGAGAACAUACUUCCCAAUCACAUUAGCCUGGGAACAAAUCGAAAGAGAUGCUUGGAAGACUCAGAAUCUUUGGGAGUAAAGAAAGCUAGAACCGGAGUUCCCAGCCUGGAUCACACCAUACCACUAGCAAAUGGCGAGGCUGAAGACGACGCUGAGAGAAUGCAUGUUGACAGAGAGUUUACUGCUGUAUCAGAUAUGAGAAACUGUAGCUCCGUGUUGAAUACAUUGACAAAUGGAAGUGUCAUCAAUGGACAUUUGGACUUCCCCUGCGCGACCCAGCUCAAUGGGAUGGAGAGCAGGAGUAACCCGUGCUUAACAGGACCUAAUGGAGUUAGCAAUGGACAGCCAUUUUCCAGUGACCAGGGUUCUGUCUGUGCUAAUGGGACUGAGGAGCCAGAAAAGAACAUGGGCGUUAAUCCUGAGAUGUGUGGGUCUCUGCAUCUGAACGGGAGCCCUAGUAGCUGUGUGGCCAGCAGGCCGUCCUGGGUGGGGGAUGUGGGAGAGAACUUGCACUAUGGACACUACCAUGGGUUUGGGGACACUGCUGAGAGCAUCCCUGAGCUGAGCAGCAUGCUCGAACACUCGAGCUGCGUCCGGGUAGAGCAGCGCUAUGACAGUGCCGUCCUGGGCACUAUGCAGCUGCACCAUGGCUCCUGAGCCCAGGCGCCGACCUCAGCCACACUGCGGUAUCAGCCUGCACAAGCGGCACAGCCUGUGUCGUUGGUGCCGCAGCUCUCUGAAAAAGGACUUGGAUUCAUUGACGCAGUUGCCAGUGAGUGCGGCUCUGCACAGGGGGCUUCCCAGGGCACAGAUCUCUCUCAUGGGAUGAUGUGUGUGCCUCCUGCGGGGAGCACUUUGUGGAUGCUGUGGGUUAGUGAUGAGGGGCCUGGUGACACGCGGGCAUCAUCCAGUCAUUUACCACUUGCUGCAGCACUCGCGACACAUAGGAAGAGGCCGUCAGUGGUCAGGGCACAGUACUUUCCCUUCUUCCAUGUUUCUACUUGGUCUCUAGACUUUUUACCACAGAUAAUGGUUCUCUUUAUAUUUAGUGGAAGUCACUGUUUGUAGGAACUGUCAGGUCAGAAUAUUUUACUAUGGUGACCUAUUUUUUGUUACUGUUUUUUGAGGUUUUCUGCUUAAAUAUAUAUACCAUAUAUAUAUCCAGUUAACUGAGAGAAUUUUGGAUUUCUCUUAUUAAAACUGCAUUAAACUUACGGUUUUAUAGACAUUAGCUUUUGUUUAGGCCACUAGUUAGGCUGUGAAUACUGCAAUGACUUCUGGUUUCUGUAAUAGCAGUCGGUGCAGAGAAGCCGUGAGAUGAAGGAACCAAUGUAAGAGUGUGCUAGCAUUUUCUUUUUAAACUGUUCUUUACAAAUUGAAUAAAAGCCUCACUGCUGA